AUUUCGACCCAUGUGUGCAAAUAAUUUUUUCUCUCUCUCUAUUUUUGGAGCAAGCCGCGCGCAAUCUUAUAAUCAUUUGCCCGUCGGCUCUUAUAUUCUUUGUAAUUUUCUUGCAAACUGUUUGGCUCGUCGGAAAAUUGAAAUCCCCUAGGUUUCUCCGUUACUUUCGAGAAGAGAUGGGCAUCGCUGGUCUGCCGAAGAAGGAGGCGAACGUGCUGCGAGGUCACGAGGGAGCAGUCCUCGCCGCUCGUUUUAACGGUGACGGAAACUAUUGCCUGAGCUGCGGCAAAGACCGCACCAUCCGCCUCUGGAACCCUCACCGUGGAAUCCACAUCAAAACCUACAAAUCACAUGGCCGCGAGGUUCGUGAUGUUCACGUCGCUCCGGACAACUCCAAGCUCUGUUCUUGUGGUGGCGACCGACAAUUAUUUUAUUGGGAUGUAUCAACUGGCCGUGUGAUUAGAAAAUUUCGAGGUCACGAUAGUGAGGUGAAUGCUGUAAAGUUUAAUGAAUAUGCAUCUGUGGUAGUAUCAGCAGGCUAUGAUCGUUCUCUGCGUGCUUGGGACUGUAGAUCUCAUAGCACUGAGCCUAUUCAGAUCAUUGACACAUUUUCAGACAGUGUAAUGUCUGUUUGUUUAACCAAAAGUGAAAUUAUUGCGGGAAGUGUAGACGGAACUGUUCGGACAUUUGACAUUCGUAUUGGUAGAGAACUUUCUGAUGACUUGGGGCAACCUGUCAACUGUAUCUCAAUGUCAAAUGAUGCCAACUGCAUAUUAGCCAGUUGCCUAGAUUCCACACUACGCCUUCUGGAUAGGUCUACUGGAGAACUAUUGCAGGAAUAUAAAGGUCACACUUGCAAGUCUUACAAAAUGGAUUGCUGCCUUACGAACACUGAUGCCCAUGUAACUAGUGGGUCUGAGGAUGGCUUCAUCUUCUUCUGGGAUCUGGUUGAUGCAUCUGUGGUGUCAAGCUUCAGAGCUCAUGCCUCAGUGGUAACGAGCGUUAGUUACCACCCCAAGGAUGACUGCAUGAUCACUGCCUCCGUCGAUGGUACCAUCCGAGUCUGGAAGACAUGAAAAACUCCAUUGCCACCAACUCAUUACCCAAAGGUCUUCCUUUUCCAGAUGCUGAAACCUAUUUCCUUCUUUGAAUUUAUGAAUGAAACCAUUCAAAUUUUUUGGCUUAUGUUGAUAAAAAAACUAUAAAAAAACCCUUGUAAUUUGCAUGCAUUUAUAGUUAAAACACUUCUCAAUA